UUAAAAGUGUUUCAGAAGAACAAUGGAUAACAAAGCUUUCAAAGCCGACGAGGAAGAAAGUGGAACAAGAUCCGCCGUCGGACGAAGGUUGAGCACAAAUAAUCCCGAUGCCGACGAUGAUAGGAACGAAUCUGUUAAACAGAAAGAAAGUAAGACUGAUGAAACAACUGAUCUAGACGACGACGACGGUGACCUUGUUGCCGACGACAAUGAACCGGGCAAGGAAAGGGACACAAGAUCAAAUGAAAAUGGCUAUGUUAAGGGUGUAAAAUCAUUGAAAUCUAGUCAAAAUGGGACUGUACAGGUACACAAACAAAACGGUUUUAAAAGUGACACUUCUGUUCAAGAAAAUACGUCAAAAAGAGAAGAGAAUAUCAGAAAGAAGACAGUUGAAAACCGGCGAAAGGUCACCACGGGUUCAGAAAUUAGAGGAAUAAAAACAAUCACCGAGGAUGCGAUCAUACUAGACAUUACCUCGCUGACUCGAGCCCAAGCGCAAGAAGAAGUCGACAAACUAAUACAGCAACAGGAACAAAAUGGCCGACCAAAAAUCCUUGUGGAUCGUUCGGCAUUCUCACAGAAAAACUUCGAUGAAAAUUUUGAAGCAGGACAACGACCAUCCCCCACCGUGAGACAAGUCGUGCGGAAAAAGUUAUCGAAAUGCAUGUGCUCAGGGGACUGUAUAAAGCAAUUCUUCCUCGGCCUAUUCCCGUUCAUUCAUAUCAUGAAGAAUUAUAACAUUCGGGAGAAUAUUACGGGAGAUAUUGUAUCGGGACUCACUGUCGGUAUUAUGCAUAUACCUCAAGGUAUGGCUUAUGGGAUGUUGACGACCCUUCCGCCAGUGUACGGCCUUUACAUGUCAUUCUUCCCGGUGCUUCUCUACUUCCUGUUUGGCUCGUCCAAACACGUCUCCAUGGGUACCUUUGCUGUAGCUUGCCUUAUGGUAGGGUCUGCUGUAACCAAGGGCUACAACUCUGUACCGCAUGUUGCAAGAGUUGCCCACCUUACAGUGAAUGACACAAACGGCUCAGCAAGCGGGAUAGAAUCUGAGGAGGGCGCUAUGAGCCAGGACGAGCUUGAUAUACGUCUGCAGUUUGCCAUGUCCGUUACUUUUAUGGUCGGAGUUGUUCAGUUGCUCAUGGGCGUUUUCCGGCUGGGUUUCAUCACAGUGUACUUGUCCGACCCCCUGAUCAGCGGGUUUACGACGGGCGCGGCAUGCCACGUGUUCACCAGUCAGAUAAAACACAUCUUCGCAAUCAAAACUGCCAGAUAUGCUGGUGCAUUCAAACUUAUUUAUACUUACAAAGAAUUCUUCAUGAGACUUGGUGACACGAACUACGUGACGGUGAUAAUCUCUGUGAUAUGUAUAGCGAUACUCUACAGCGUCUCGCGCUUCAUCAAUCAAAACCCAAAGUUGAAACCGAAAAUGUUCAUGCCUGUGCCAAUAGAACUUAUUGUUGUUGUUUUGGGAACUGUGAUCUCAUACGCCAUCAAACUGGAGACGGCACAUAACGUACCAGUCGUCUCUGAUAUACCAACUGGCUUGCCUGUGCCAAACCUCGCGCCAUUCUCUCGCCUGUCAUCGGUUAUCUCGGAUGCCAUAGCCCUCGCUAUCGUUAUAUUCGCAAUCUCAAUUUCCAUGGGAAAACUACUCGCGAAAAAACAUGACUAUGAAGUGGAUGCUAACCAGGAGCUAGUUGCUUACGGAAUAUCAACGAUCGUCUCCUCUUUCCUGUCAUCCUGCGCACCGUCUGCCUCAUUAUCAAGAAGUCUCGUGCAGGAACGGGUUGGAGGAAAAACACAGGUGGCUGGUCUGGUAUCAUGUGUCCUGUUGCUGGUGGUUUUGUUGGCCAUCGGACCAUACUUUAGAACUCUGCCCAAUUGUGUGUUGGCGUCGAUCAUUAUUAACGCCCUCCGUGGUAUGUUCCUACAAGUCCUUGACCUUAAAAAGCUCUGGAGUGUUUCGCUAAUCGACUUUUUUGUGUGGAUUGUGGCAUUCCUUGCAACUGUUGUGCUAGAUGUUGACCUCGGUCUCGGGGUUGCUGUCAUUUUCAACAUUCUAACGGUCGUCUGUCGCAGUCAACAGCCCUAUGCCACAAUGUUGGGGCAGCUGCCAGGGACAGACAUUUACAGGGACAUGAACAUCUAUGUCAAGGCCAAAGAGCUGCCAGGCGUUAAGAUAUUCAGAUUUGAACAUUCCCUUUUCUUCGUAAACACUGAACACUUCCGCACGAUGCUGUACAAACGCACCAUCAACCCACGUGUGCUCAAAAUAGCGCAGAAGAAGAGACAGUCAAAACUGGCCAAGGCGAACAAGAGGAAGGAGAAAGAAGAUAAGGAUCCAGAAGUUGCGAUAGGUGAGAGCCUACCUGACCAGGCCCUUCCGCUAGACACCUUUGAUAUGGAACUACAGGCAACGAAAAACGAGAUGACGAUAAGUGUAGUCGACCAUACGGUAAAGGAGACUCCGCCCGAUGUCGAUUUUCACACAAUUAUUCUCGACUGCUCGCCUUGGAGUUUCGUUGACUCUAUGGGUGUGAAAGUUCUUACUGCUAUUAUAAGCGAGUACAAGGCCGUUGGUGUCCAAGUGAUGCUGGCAAAUUGUAAAGGUGGAAUCAGAGAGAUGUUUGUGAAGACGAGGUUUUAUGACACGCUGGAGAGCUCUAGUAUCUACGUGUCACUCCACGAUGCCGUUCAACAUGCCCUACAUCUGGAUACGCCAAACCAGAUCCAGGAUGAAGAUGAUGAUGAUGGGACAGGAAGUGAUGGUCACCAUGACGACCAGGAUGAGGCAGAUUUUAAUGAUAUCGGUUAUGUGGAUGAAAAUAUUGAAGAUUCAGGGGCAAAGAAGCUUGUCAAGUCUUCAUAGUGAAAACAUUAGACAACAAAUAUAAUUUAUGCAGACCAUUACAGUGGACGGACGCUAGGAAUUGUUCUGAAGUGUGACGUGAAAAUCAUGACGUUAAACAGAAAAAGAUUUCAGGGAAAUAGAAAUUUUGUUUGGUUGUUUUUUUAUGUGAUUUUGUGUGUGAUAUUAUCGAUGUUAAUCAUGAACUGAUUUUAAAUUGAUUUAUUUGUGUUCCUAAUUUUAGAUUUGUACAUGUAUGUGUAUAGAUUUGUUGCAUGUCUCGAUUUCUUCUAAGGCCAAAAAAAAAAUGGUUUGGUUAGGGUUACAUCCUUUUCAAGAACAGGUAGGGUAGGUAAGCUUUUUAUUUAUUUUUUUAUGGAGCUUAAUAUAAGAAAGUAAUUAUCAUUGGAGAAUGGUGUUAAAGUAAUCGUCUGUAUAAAGCUUUAAAGCUACAUAUUAAAACACACUUAUUCUUUUAUCUAAUUUUAUACCAACUGAUUUUCAAAAACGGUAGAUUCGGGUCCUAUUUGGUAGUUCUGGUCAGGUAACCCAAACCAAAUAUAUUGAAGUUUUAACCUUGAUGUAAAUCAGAUUUUUGUUGGGGCAAAAGAAUUAAAAUUGUUGGUUUCUGAUUUUAAUGCCAAAAAGGAAAGGGUUGAUAGGUCAGAAUUAUUUUUUUAGCAUUGUAGUGCCUUCAUAUAACACAUUUUCACACAUUUUGGAAUGAAACUGCUGAUUUUUUUUAUAAAAAAUAGGGUUGUGUAAAUAUUUAGGGAGGGCAGGGAAUUUGCUUUUGUUACUCCUAAUACUACAAAAUCAUAGGCUUUCAAUUUAGUCAUUAGCUGAAAGGAUUUUCUGAAGUUUUAUUUAAAUGGGCAAAGAACUUUCCAUAGUUGAUAUAUAUAUAUAUAUAGGCUUUCUUAGUAUUAAGUUCUCAAAGUACAUAAAUGACCACUGUUCAAGGAAGUUUAUCAUGUCUAAGUGGCAUCCAUUUUCGAUUCCAAUUAGGUAAUACAUGUAUAUGAAACCUUCCCAUAAAUUGUACAAUGUAAAUAGGUUGUCAACAUUAUAUAUACGUUAUGGGUUUAGUAGGUGAUGAAAUAUGGUACGAGCCUCGUUAUCACCUGUUAUGGUUUUCUUGGCCUCAUAUUUCCAUAAUAGGUCACGGACUAACUAGGCAACUCAUAAUACUAGCGGAAUAAAGAUUGUCUUCAGAAGAUCGUCUAUCCGUAUCACAGUCACAUGCAUCAAAUAAUUGAGGUAAAUUAACCUGUAAACAUUACAGUAUUUUUU